GCGCGUGCUGGCCGUGGCAGCUCGGAGCAGGGUCCCCGCCAGCCGCCGCCGCCGCCGCCGCCAUGGUGUCCCCGGUCACUGUGGUGAAGAGUGAGGGACCCAAGCUGAUGCCCUUCUUCAAGGCCACCUGCGUGUAUUUUGUGCUUUGGCUGCCCUCAUCCAGCCCGUCGUGGGUCAGCGCCCUGAUCAAGUGCCUGCCCAUCUUCUGCCUCUGGCUCUUCCUUCUGGCUCAUGGCCUUGGGUUCCUGCUGGCCCAUCCCAGCGCCACACGCAUCUUAGUGGGACUCGUCUUCUCUGCCCUAGGUGAUGCCUUCCUCAUCUGGCAGGACCAGGGCUACUUUGUGCACGGUCUGCUGAUGUUUGCUGUGACCCACGUACUCUAUGCCUCAGCCUUUGGCAUGCGGCCACUGGCUCUUCGGACAGGUCUGGUGAUGGCAGUGCUGUCAGGCCUGUGCUAUGCUAUCCUCUACCCGGGCCUCUCGGGCGCCUUCACGUACCUGGUGGGGGUCUACGUGGCCCUCGUCAGCUUUAUGGGCUGGCGAGCUAUGGCAGGGCUGCGGCUGAUGGGGGCAGCCUGGCGUUGGACUGAGCUGGCGGCUGGCGGUGGUGCACUGCUGUUCAUCGUCUCAGACCUGACCAUCGCCCUCAACAAGUUCUGCUUUCCUGUGCCCUACUCGCGGGCUCUCAUCAUGUCCACCUACUAUGCGGCCCAGAUGCUCAUCGCUCUGUCCGCAGUGGAGAGCCGGGAGCCUGUGGAAGACUACAGACUGAGCAAGGCCAACUGAGGCACCAGGGUCUGCUCACCCCGUUCCCCUGGGGCUGGACUCCAGACCCUGGGAACCUGCAGGAGCUGGAUCAGGAUGGCUGCAAUGCCAGCCUGGGGCAGCAGGUACCACUUGGGGAACGUGCGAGUUUGAGGGGUAAGCCAGCAAAGGAUCUCCCGAGCAAAGUUAGUGGUGCAGGACAGUGCUGAGCGCUAAGAGGGAGCCUCACGCCCUUGCUGGCGCCAGAAGUAGACAUCUCCUCGCCUCUGUCCCGUCAGGAUUGUCGGAGCUCCUGAGGGUGCUGGUGCUUCUUAAGCCCCUCUUGCCCUACUGGGUGGAAGAGGCUGACUCCAUCUCUUAUGCCCAGGGCCAAUGGCAAGGCUGGGAUCACCCCCUCCCACCAUUUCUGUCUGCACAGAGUUGAGGGAAAGAUGGGGGAAACCUGGGCUGAGAUGACUUGGGCCAAUGGCUUGAGUCCCUCUCACAGACCCUAACUGGGAAGAGUGGGUGAGGGUGGAGGCUCCCUUUUCCCAUCUAUCCCUGUUACUUGAACAAUCUCAGUCUCUAAGUAGGGUAGGUGGGAAGGUGAACUGGUGUCUGUCCCCGGUAGGUAGAAGAGGGAACUUCUUUGGUCUGGGAGCUUGGGGUCCCAGGGAUUCAAGUUGUCCCCAUCUCUCUGACAGGCCAGCCCAGAGCUCAGGCCCCACACCACCCCUUCAGACUUUAUCCCUAGGGCUAGAGUGAACCAUGCCAAAGGAAGGGGCCAGCCCGUGUGUGUGUGUAUGUGUGUGUGUGUGGUCUCCCAGCCUUCCUGUGUCUUUCUCUGCCUAUGUCUCUGUCCUGCUGUCUGUCUGAGUCUCAUAGGGAGAGGGCCUCAGGGAGCUGCUGAGCCUGGCUCAGAGAGCUGGGGUCCCUCCCAACAAUGCUUACACUCUUAGUGCUUCCCUCUCUGUCCCUCCUGCACUGGGAGCAAGAGGAGGGGCUUCAGUAACACUCUGGGUCUUAAGACUAGAGGCACAGUCAAUGCAAGGGGAGCAAGGAUGGGGCAAGCCCAUCCUCUACUUCCCAUGUGAAUAAAAAUAAAAACCGAGGGCCUUUGGCUGCCUUGCUUGUCUGCCUGUGUGGCAUGUGCCUGUUCUGGAGACGGGGUGGCGGCCCAGUGUGUCCUCACAGUCUGGGUCACAGUCCUGGCCAGUGCGUCUUGCUUGGAACCAGGCUGGCUCCCUGGCUGUGGUGACACUGUGAUGGCUGGCGUGGGUCUCGCUUCCCUGCUCACAUACGUGGGUGAGGGUGUGGUUUGGGAGGACGGGAGAUGGGUAGCGUUUGCUGUGGUCCACGUUCGUCCUUAGGCAUAGACGCCCGACGUGCUUGGUGAUCCUCAGUUACCCAGUGUCCUCGACUGAUGCCCAUCUUCUCCCUUCCCCUCCCCAGACCUGCCACCUGCUCUAAAGUGGGCCAGCCGUCUCCUGGGACUCUGGGCUUAGUUGAACAGCUGGCCGGGAGGAGUGGGAUUAGAUGAGCUGAUUCAUACUUAAGCUUUGAAGCCCUGGAAAAAGAAUGAGCUACCUCCAUUUGAGGGCCAUUUUUUUUUUUUUUUAAAUAAACAGGUAAUACUCCAACCCAGAGGUAGAAAGUCUUGGGUGGCGGUAAACUUGCCAUUAGUAUAGGUGUUGCACAUUUGUAGGGGAAUGUGAUAGUAGGAGACUCAACUCUCAUACAGGCAUUGGAUGAAGCAGUACUUUUCAAACCAGAGUUUGUAUAGAGAUUGCUGGUCGGGGCUAGCAAAAGAAUAAAGAGAGAAGGAAGGCUCAAAAGAUCCCUUAUCUUUGUUCCAAGUUUGGUAGCUUUGUCAAAAUUUUGUAAAGGAAGGACUGUGGUACACAACUUAGUUUGAAACUUAGGGAACUGGUUGAUGAAUCAUUUCCAGCUCUGAGAGUGGGAACCCCAGACAUGAAAGAGGGAAAGUGCUGAUCUUUUCAAACCCCAGAGCGCUUGAACACAGAGCCUACUGGAGAAGAACU